AUGGCUGAUUGGUUCGACAUGCAGAAAUAUGCAAAGUGGAACGAGGGAUAUAAAUACAUCUUACUGGUCAUCAAUACGUUCUCCAAGUACGUUUGGCUACGCCCAUUAAAAUCAAAGACGGGUGAUGUUGUAGCAGAUGCCUUCAAGGAUAUUCUGUUAAAAUCUGACCGAGUACCUAACAGACUAAUCACGGAUAAAGGUGAGUAUAUAAUCAAACGAGUUCCUGAUAAAGCUGUUAGAAACAUACUUGGAGAAGUGUUCCGAGUUUCAAAACGUUAUUACAGAGGAACUUUGCCUGUAUAUAGGCUGAAUGAUUUGCAGGAUGAUGAAAUUAAAGGAACAUUUUAUGAGAGUGAAUUGCAAAAAGUUGACUAUAACCCAGACCAAGCAUUUAAAAUAGAAAACAUUGUCAAAACUAGAGGCAAAGGACAAAAUAAACAAUACUUUGUUAACUGGAAGUAUUAUCCUAAAAAGUUCAACAGCUGGGUGGAAGCUAACGAACUGCAGUGA